UACAUACAACAAACGUUAAGAAGUUUAAUUGUGCCAAAAUGUUGAUACAAAUAUUGACAAAUUUCAUAAGUUGUGAAUUUAAGAAAAUCAAAACAAAUUUAACGAUGUUUUUGAUUUUCUUUUGGAUUAUAUGGUUUUCGCAAAUUUUAGCCAUUUCUACCAUGUUUAUGAGUUUGCCUGAUAUCACUGAUAUACCCACAGUUACUGUAACGGAAUUACCAUUGGAAGUUUUGCAACAACCACAAAAUACUUUGGACUCCGUUAUAAUUGAUGAUGGUGGCGAUAGAUCUUCCGAAGAAAGAGUCAAUCGUACAAUUGAAGUUAUACCAGAGACAGAGGAAGAAAUUCAGAAAGGUACAUAUAGUCUCUACUUUUUCGAUAGAUAG